AUGAGGAGCGGCGCCGAGCGCAGGGGCAGCAGCGCCUCGGCGCCCCCCAGUUCGCCGCCCUCCGGCCGCGCGCGCCCUGCGGGCCCCGACGCGCCCCUGGCCCUGCAGCCGCCCGCCACCGGCCAGCCUCGAGCCCGGGACGCGGGCGAUGCCCGCGCGCAGCCGCGCCCCCUGUUUGCGUGGAGCAAGUGGAAGAAGAGGAUGAGCUCGUCCAUGUCGGCGGCCCCCGCGCGGAGGCCCGUGUUUGACGACAAGGAGGACGUGAACUUCGACCACUUCCAGAUCCUGCGGGCCAUCGGGAAGGGCAGCUUCGGCAAGGUGUGCAUUGUGCAGAAGCGGGACACGGAGAAAAUGUACGCCAUGAAGUACAUGAGCAAGCAGCAGUGCAUCGAGCGCGACGAGGUGCGCAACGUCUUCCGGGAGCUGGAGAUCCUGCAGGGGCUGGAGCACGUGUUCCUGGUGAACCUCUGGUACUCCUUCCAGGACGAGGAGGACAUGUUCAUGGUGGUGGACCUGCUGCUGGGUGGGGACCUGCGCUACCACCUGCAGCAGAACGUGCAGUUCUCCGAGGACACCGUGCGGCUGUACAUCUGCGAGAUGGCGCUGGCCCUGGACUACCUGCGCGGCCAGCACAUCAUCCACAGAGACGUCAAGCCCGACAACAUUCUGCUGGACGAGCGAGGCCACGCGCACCUGACCGACUUCAACAUCGCCACCAUCAUAAAGGACGGGGAGAGGGCGACCGCGCUGGCUGGGACCAAGCCGUACAUGGCUCCGGAGAUCUUCCAGUCUUUCGUCAACGGCGGGACCGGCUACUCCUUCGAGGUGGACUGGUGGUCGGUGGGGGUGAUGGCGUACGAGCUGCUGCGAGGAUGGAGGCCCUACGACAUCCACUCGAGCAACGCCGUGGAGUCCCUGGUGCAGCUGUUCAGCACCGUGAGUGUCCAGUACGUCCCCUCCUGGUCCAAGGAGACGGUGGCACUGCUGCGGAAGCUCCUCACUGUGAACCCCAAGCACCGAGUCUCCAGCCUCCAGGACAUGCAGGCGACCCCAUCACUGGCCAACGUGCUGUGGGACGACCUCAUCCAGAAGAAGGUGGAGCCAGGUUUUGUGCCCAACAAGGGCCGCCUGCACUGCGACCCCACCUUCGAGCUGGAGGAGAUGAUCCUGGAGUCCAGGCCCCUGCACAAGAAGAAGAAGCGUCUGGCCAAGACCCGGUCCCGGGACAGCAGCAGGGACAGCUCCCAGUCUGAGAAUGACUACCUUCAGGACUACCUGGAUGUGAUCCAGCAGGACUUCGUGAUCUUUAACCGAGAGAAGCUGAAGAGGAGCCGGGACCCCGCCCGGGCUGCUCCUGACGCCGAGUCUGGGGACGCUGACAGCGAGGGCAGCCCCGCCCUGCCCACGUGCGGCCCCAUCUGCCCCUCGGCGGGGAGCAGCUAG